UGUAUCUCAACUAACAGUAGAAAUACCUGACUCAGGUUCUGUGACAAAAAUAUUGGCACCCUGUCAGACAAGCUUAGUGUAGCCCAUGUAUGCCUUGCUGUAUUUAAACUGUGAUAUGUAUAUUUUGUAUGUGUGGGAUUUAAGCUUGGUCCGAUUCAUAAGGGAUUGAGAGUAGUCUAACCGUGACGAUGAAACAAUUCAUUAGUAUACUGUCCCGCAGUUUCUUUGUAAUGGAGAAUAGCCACCUAUCACACUGUUAUUGUGAUUAUUUUUCAGGUAUUCCAAGGCAAUUCAGUUCACCGAUCGUGGCGCGAUAGCACUGUGGAAUUUUAAAACACCUGACGUUUUGUGUAAAUUUUUUAAUCAGUAUUCUGUCUGCAGUUCUGUGACAUUUACAUAUUGGAUACAUAUUCAUAAAAUCAAUGGAAUUAACACAUUAUAUUUGAUAUUUGGGGACCCAAUCUAACGCAUCUUGUAUUUGUACAUGAUUUGUGUUUAGUUCAUUACCGGAUCGAGUCUUAUUACACAUGUAUAUUUUCUGUUUAUAUUUCAGAUGAAGGAAAUCUGACACCAAAAUCUUUCAGGAUGUAUUGGAUUUUUAAUUUUAACGUCCGUGUUCUUCCGGAAUAAUUUCAGCAGGAUAAAAUUACAAAAUGGAAAUUAAGUGUGUUAUUCAGGAUUUUUAUCAGUUGUCAUGUGUAUAAGUCAAUAUACAGUUAGAUACAGGUAUAGAACAGUGUAGUAGACAUAGGUAUAGCAUGCUGAUUGUGUUAUGGUUCGUUUAGAAAAUCGGAGUGUGUUAUAUCCGCUAUGUGAAGUGUUACCUUGUGUUUCACUGUGAAAAACCGUGUAAGGGAAACGGCGGACAUUUCUUCCCCAUAAAAUGGAGUCUCCACAGAAUCCCACGGGGACGGGGAAUCACCCCGAUGAGGAGGAUUUCCUGCCGGAGGAUGGCGGAUACGAGUAUCUUCAUGAGCAUCUGACACCAGAGGAAUGUUCCAAUGAAAAGGAAAAUCACGAAUUUACGGAAGAUGGGGAAUUAUUAGCUUCACAUCAAAAAGAUCAUCUUCCGCCAUUAUUACAAGAUGAGAAUUUGAAUGAAUAUGAUCGAAGAGAUGGAAAUUACUAUGGCGACGAUGAUGUAGAUUCUCUGGCUGGUGUGAAUGAAGCAGAUGAGGCUGUGAACUUAGCCGAUAUUUUGGCGGCACGUGACUCCUCUUUAGUCGAAGAGGAGUUGUGGGCACUUUGUCGUGAGUGCUGCCUCGUUUUGGAGGUUGUUAAUUGCACACCAGACAUGUUCCAAACCCUCUGCAUCACUCCGGACACCGUCGCUUUUGACAACGCCGGAAAUGUCUGCUUCCUCGAUCUUGGUUCAGAUCCAGAACCUCUGUAUCUACCUCCGGAGUUCAGCGAUGUCACCAACAAUUACAAGUCCCAUCUGUAUUCCUUGGGGAUGACCCUGCUCUAUGCUGCGGAGUACAAUGUUGAGCCAGCCCGACCCGAAAUCACACCAGAGUUACGGGACCUGUUUGGGUGUAUGACCGCAGAGGUUUUAACAUCCCGACCAUCUCUGGAGGAUAUCAUCACACUGUGUGAAGAGGAACUUGUAGGAAAGUCUUCUCAGGAGAUUUGUGUGGACAUCGCACAGACAUUCGCACUCCCUACACCUACACCGCCAGACCUAGCCACAGUGAGUUUAGCCGAUGUAACAGCCAGCUUAGCCGAUUACCUACAGUCCCAGUCUAAUCUGAUCUCCGCUCCUGGGGCAGAGGUCAGCGGAGAUACUGGGGUCAGAGAAGUUCCUGGUCCCCAAGAACAUUCAACACCCCUACAUCUACAAGGCCCAACUGAGGGCGAGACGACUGCCCCGGAGACCGAGCAGACAGAGGACGGAGACAUGCCUGUCCGUGGGGUACACACAGGGGUUCCAAUGCCAACAGGUAACCGAGGUAACAAACCAACUCCUGCUGCAAGGAAAUUAUCUCGAUCCUCUCAAGACAGCUCUAAAGAUGGAUACCAGCAGAAACCACCUGUGCCAAAGAAACCAGACCUUAAUAAAAAUGUGACAAAUAAUGACAUGUCAGAAGGUUGUGAGUCAGCUGCUACUAACCAAAGUGACCAUCAAAAGAUGCUGCAUGGUAAUACUGUAUUAGAAGGGUCAAAGUUCAAGGACUCACCUCUCUCAGGGGCAGUUAACUCUAGUCUUGAAGCUCGCCACUCCUCAGGUGCUGUAGAUUCACAAGGAAAGAGGCCUCGUAAAAACAAGGGUCUUUCACUGCGUGAUAUCUUAGAGACAUUGAAGCGCCCCCUGGUGGAGGAUGAGGUGUGGGCAGUUUGUCGUGAGGGAACUAUCGCACUGAACAAGAAACGAAAACAUCUACCGGCCUACCUUUCUCCUGACACUCUGAUCCUGAGGGAGAGUGGUGCUCUGGCUUUCAAAGCGAUUCCAGAAGAUAAACCCCUGGAAGUGAUUUACAUGGCUCCUGAAAUCCAACAGAAGGGACAGCUCUCAGACAAGAUGUGCCUGUUUGGACUGGGUGUCACCAUGAAGUUUGCGAUUGGGAACACAUAUUCAACAGAAGCUUCCGGCGUCGGUGACGAUCUGCAGAAUCUUCUGGCUAAGAUGGUGGAAGAAGACCCAGACAAACGGCCUUCCAUCGAUGAUGUAUCUGAGGCAUGUGGGGAGCAUGAGUGUGACCUUGGAAUACCCUCCAGCUCCAUCUGUCAGGCUCUCUACCAGGAGGCAUUUGAAAAAGUGGCUGACAAGAUGGCCUUUCCCAUGCCAAGUGAUCCCCCUAAUAUCCAGGAUCCUCCUGAGUUGUCCAAUGGAUCUGCCUUCCGGUCAAUCCAAGGAGGAUCACUUAUUCGUCCUGCUGCAAUCAGUUCAUCCACAACAGCAUUUAAACCACUAUCAAAUCCACCUGAUGGCAAUGGUCAUUCUGGAUUGCCGUCACAGUUCAUGUCAUCAGCUACUCAUUUCAAACCAAUCAUCCUUCAGCAGUCUGUGACCCCUGCUCCAGAGGGCAAAGAAGUUGCUAAGCAACAGGAGAGUCCAAAGGAUUGCCAACCAAAUGAUAAGGACAAAGAAGUGGUUAAAAAACUGAAAGAGUUGAAGAAAAAUUUAAUGCAACAUCGUCAGCCAGGCAAGGAUAAGUCUGAUGUAAAAGUGUCAAGGAAACCGUCGAAAUCCCCAAGUGUUAGUCCAAAGGUUGCCAACGGAACAAGUAAGAAAUCUAGUGAUGACACAAGUGAUGUGCAUAAUAAGUCCUCGAGUGACACUAAGUCUGAGUCAGGUGGUCCGUUAGAGUCCCUUCUGUCUGAAAUACAGAAACAAGGGGCAGUUCCUGACACACAGGCUUUAGCUUCAGCCAUCGCAAACUUUCUUCAAGGUCAAAUGGCUCAGUCGCCAAAUCAAAACACUCCAAAUGUUACUCAAGGACAAGUUCAAAUGCAAGGUCAAUCUCAAGGUCAACCUCAAGGUCAACCUCAAGGUCAACCUCAAGGUCAGAUUCCUGGACAACAAAAUUCAUUUGUGAUGGAAGGACAGACACAGAUAGAUUCUCCAUCAUCUAACACUGCCGUGCCCUCGGUCACUCCACAACAGCCUAACUUAACUCUACCCACACAAUUUCAGCCAUCCCUGAUUGGCCAGAACUUAAGUGUGCCCAUUGGGCCCCAGCAGUAUAGCGGGGGCCUGAUGCCGGGAUAUCCCCUACAGGUUCAAUUACAACAGGAUCCUCGUACAGGUUUUAUACAGCUUGUCCCCACAGGGAUUCUUCCCCAGGCCAUUGGACCCCUUGUUGGGGAAGACCAAGCACAUUCAGGCAGCAACUGUGACAACCACAGUGUCCACUCAGCAAGAAGUCCCAAACAGCAUCUUUACUCAGACAAUUCCUCUGCCGAUAAUAGUGCAAUUCUAAACAGUUCUUUCAACAGUAACAGAUCCCAUGGGGGUCGUACUGCCCGUGGCCUCCUUCAAAAGACAGCGGGGAUCAGAACAGGACACAGCCAAGGGAAGGCUUCCCCUCUAUCUAGUCAACCCCAGGGUGAAUACUUGUGGCGUAGCAAGUCUGCUCAUGCCCUCGACAACCUUGAAGGAGAUCAGGGCACAGAUGGACAAGCUAGUCGGAGGGGAACAAUGACUUUGGCCCCAGGCCAUGUAUAUGAUGACUCUGUGCUCACAACAAACAGGCGUGAUCCUAAGAGAAAUGUAAAUAGUGAGAUUUACCAGCAGUCUUCCAAAACAAACAGUCCCCGACCGCGGACCAUUGUAGGGUACCCAGAGAAUGGUCCAGGAAGAGGGGGCCAAUAUUUUAGCCAUCCACCGAGGACUCGUUCUCAGUCUUCCUCCCCCUCCCCCUCAAAAGACAGUGGUGUGAGUGGUAUGAACCCUGGCUACAAACCCCCUCCCCCGGGUAGUCUCAUGGAACGCUUGCUUAGUAAUGUCAAUGUGAAACAACAACAAAAGUUGGGGCAGGUUGUUCACCUGCUGCGUGAGGAGUUCGCAUUUGAUGGAUACAUGGAAAAUGGUGUUGAGGACAUCGCUAUGGCGGAGUAUAUCACAUCGCUGGGUAAUCUGAAGUUGGACACAUUUGCCAGUGCUGUUACAGAAAAGUACUCGGAUCUCUACUGGGGCUCAGAUCUUCUCUUUAAUUUAUAUGAUGCAGCCAAUGGUCUCAAAGGGUCGCGGAGAUUAAUAAAAAAGAGUGCCAAAUCCUACAACCAGAGCCCUGUUUCCAAGCAACAAAGUCCAUCAGCCCAGCUACUGAUUCCUGGCCUGGAUGAUCCUUACCAUAACAUUUCAUCAUCCAGUCCGUCUGAGUCUGGGCUUCCUCAGACUCCAAAGAAACUGCCAUUGGAUGCCACGUAUGAAAAUAUGCCACGUCCUGCUGAUAAACAAAAAAUUAGACAUGUGUCGAAGCAACAGAAAGCUCUGCAUCACAACACAUCUGAUUCCUCAGAUACAGAACAAUACAGUAAACGUCGACCUCACCGCAGACAAAAACAACAAUCGAGAAAUAGUCACGAAUAUAAUCUACGAACUUCUGGCUAUGAUACACCAUCAAUGGAGGUACAUCCAUUACGAAAAGACACAGAUAUUUCCCCGCGACUACAGAUGCACAUGACUAACGGUGAAAAUCCACUCCUACAGAAUGGAAACAUUCAGGUGCCCCAGAUUCGUGACUGGGAGCCAGAGAAAACCAGUCAUGCUAACAAUCCGAAUUCUUUAAUACAAGAUGAAGAAAAGGUAUCUGAUAGUGGAUCUGAAAAACCUCCACCUCCUCAGGGUCGUCAAAAUGCAUGGGUUGCCUCCCCUGAUAAAAACACAUCUACAAGUAUGUCCCUUGACCGUCGGAGAAAAGCAACACCUGAUUCUUCCAUUACUCCUUCUACUCGUCAAGUUUCAGCCUCUAAUAAUGUGUUGAAUGCGGACAUGUCAAAACUGAAGCGUCGGGUGACGCCAGAAAAACCCCCACGUCACAGUUUGGUCCACUGUAAUAAUCGUGCUGAGGGCCACGUACAGCCAGGUCCCAGGCCACUGAAGGCGAUCCACAGAGAUGGUAGUACAUCGUCCCAUAGUAGUGAGGUGGCGGAGGUUCUCCCCGUCACAAACUUGACUCGUAAUAUGUCACAGCUCUCCCUUGACAAUACCCCCAUUGACACACGUCUCCGAAACAGGAAGGGACAUGUUGUGUUUCAUAGUGCUAUGAUGGAACUCUUCAGCUCUCAGGAACUAGACAAAUUCAGACAGGAGAUUGAUGAGGAUGACCCCGCUGGUCUGCAGUCUCGUCUGGCCUCCAUACAACAACAACUCAUGAUGGAGAGAAAAAUGAAGCGUAAAUCACAGACCUUCUACAGCAAGAUGUCUGAGUCACCCAAGGCUGCUAAAGGUGAUCAGAAGAAUAGAAUGGUGCAGGUAUCCAAAGAUCUGGAGGAGAUGACAGAGAAAGUUCGCCAUCUGGAUCUGUGUAGGACUCACAUAGAGAUGCUACAAGCAGAGCUGAGUGGGAUCCAUGCCAGCUACCUCCACUCCCUGGCUACUUGUCCCCAGGGUCAGCCCCUCCACCUCCGUCCCUGUCAGGAUAACUCAUUCCUCCAGUUCCAGCACCCUAAGGAGCCCCACUCCGGAUACGAGAUUCUGUCCCUUCAGUCUGGAACUCCAGAGGGACUCAUGUCCUACCUGUUUGCUAACACGGCUCUGAGGGACGGCUACACCCACCAGUUUAUGUACUGUUUCCGUUACUUUGUGCGGCCAGUCAAGCUCCUCAGUUUUCUCGUAGACACCUAUAAAGCAGCCGCUGAAGCAAGUGAUCAGGGCAGUGACCACAACAUGCCUAGAAUUAAACAGCGGGUGAUGGACCUAAUAUACUACUGGCUCGAGGGCUACUACUCCAUCGACUUUGAUCGGAAUAACGAGGCCACAGAACUUCUUAGAGCAUUCCUCCAACUCAGUGAUAUUGCAGCAUUGCCAGAGGGAAUAGAUCUGACAGAAUUACAAAGCAACUGUGAGGACGGUUUUAACAUUGAUCUCGUAUCGGCGAGGGAAGACGAGGACAUACACAUAUACAAAGCUAACACUCCUAGGAAGUGGGGAUCCCUGAAGAACAUUCUAGGGCGUGGUAAAUCAUCUUCACCCAAACUGACAUUAUUCCACGAGAAAAGAACUCCAGUCACUAAACUGACCACAGACGAUGGAUUUCUACCGGCCAAAUCUCCACGGCGUGUCGACUCAUUUACUCCCCUUGAUCACACGCCACAGACCUUAGCGGAACAGCUCACUCUCAUGGCACAGAGUAUUUUCCAGCUGACCCAUCCUGUCCAUUACCUAAACUCUAAGGCGCAGGGGAUUAGUGUUGCUAUGACGAUGACUGGCUCUAAAACACCGCUAAUGCAAAGAAUGACAGGCCAGGACUCGGACCAGCCCCUGCCCCCUAGCCUCUUUGUGAAUAAGACGUUACGAGAGACGGCUGUUCAGCUAAUGAUAGAACAUGACCAGGAGGUGGGACAUUGGGUGGCUGCUGAGAUCGUCAACUGUAGUAAUCCUAAGAACCAGCUGGCUAUUCUUACGAAGUUCCUGCAAACAGCCCAGAUAUGUAAGGAUAUGAGGAACUAUGGAACAUGUCUUGCCAUCUUAGACGGUCUAGAAAACCUGAUAGUCAAGCAGCUUCCUGCUUGGCGCAACCUGCAGGGAAAAUGUGUCACCAUCAUGGAGGAACUUUCCUCUGUCAGGCUCUUCCUCAAGAAUGAUGGAAUGGCUAUAACUAGUGUCGCCAACAGCCAUCUCCUUCCCACAAUUCCAUCUGUUUUACUCUUCCUGUUCCAUGUCCAGCAACAAGAGUUUGGAAGUUUUCAGCUCGCCAAUGGAAUGUUCAAAUGGAGCAAAAUCAGGUCCAUCAGUAAAAUCAUAGACCAGAUAAGGAUUUUCAAACACCAUUUGUAUGGCUUUGAACCUGACUUUGACCUUCAGGAUGACCUACAACUACGUAUACGAGAGUUCGGAGGUCAGGAUAUUCACCAGAUAGCUGCACAGCAUCAUACAAACUAUCAAAAAAUGCCCUCUGGUGGUAUCAGUGGUGCUUUUAGAAAGAUGAAAGGGAAACUACAGUCAAAGUGAGGCUGGAAUCAUCCUGAGGCUGUAUACAAAUACAAAGAUAUUACAAAUCAUCCCUUAAGAUUAAAGAAGCUAAACGAAAGUCAGAGUGCCAUCGAAAGAGGCUUGUAUGGCUGUAAAUCUUUCUCAAGAUGAAAUAGAAGUUUAAGUCAAAGUGAAACACCAUCCACUCAAGAGGCUUCAAUGGCUGUAAAUCUUUCUCAAGGUGACAGAGGCUUAAGUGAAAGUGAGGCUAAAAGGUCUAGCAAGGAAAAAGGAAAGCCAGAAUCCAAAGGAGAACAUCGUAUAGAGUGACAUUCCACGAUUAAUAAGAAUGUCAAUACAAAGUGAUUAACGAUUGUGAGUGUAAUCAGCAAAAGUUUAACAAUCGGAACUUGACAACGGUUCCUCGAGACUACUACAGGGUCUUUAACAACGAAAAAGUGCAAUGAUAUGUCAUGUACCAUGUGAUGGUCGGUUAGUACAGAGGCCACUCUGGACAGGUUUUGUCACUGGCUAUUGACUGCCGUAUAUCUAUCUAAGACUGCCUACAGUAAUAACAAAGUCUUGUGCCAAUUAUAGACUGGUUUAUUGUCCAGUGUUCCCGUUAUCCCAGCCUAGGACAGGCUUAACAUGUUCCCGUUAUCCCAGCCUAGGACAGGCUUAACAUGUUACAGUUAUCCCAGCCUAGGACAGGCUUAACAUGUUACAGUUAUCCCAGCCUAGGACAGGCUUAACAUGUUACAGUUAUCCCAGCCUAGGACAGGCUUAACAUGUUACAGUUAUCCCAGCCUAGGACAGGCUUAACAUGUUACAGUUAUCCCAGCCUAGGACAGGCUUAACAUGUUACAGUUAUCCCAGCCUAGGACAGGCUUAACAUGUUACAGUUAUCCCAGCCUAGGACAGGCUUAACAUGUUACAGUUAUCCCAGCCUAGGACAGGCUUAACAUGUUACAGUUAUCCCAGCCUAGGACAGGCUUAACAUGUUACAGUUAUCCCAGCCUAGGACAGGCUUAACAUGUUACAGUUAUCCCAGCCUAGGACAGGCUUGACAUGUUACAGUUAUCCCAGCCUAGGACAGGCUUAACAUGUUACAGUUAUCCCAGCCUAGGACAGGCUUAACAUGUUACAGUUAUCCCAGCCUAGGACAGGCUUAACAUGUUACAGUUAUCCCAGCCUAGGACAGGCUUAACAUGUUACAGUUAUCCCAGCCUAGGACAGGCUUAACAUGUUACAGUUAUCCCAGCCUAGGACAGGCUUGACAUGUUACAGUUAUCCCAGCCUAGGACAGGCUUAACAUGUUACAGUUAUCCCAGCCUAGAAUAACCAAUCAUACAUCAUAUUUCAAAAGACCACAGCCUUAUUGGUCCAUCAUUUUACAAAGCACUACUAUAUAUUAUACUAAUAAUAUAUAAUCAUUUACAUGUGUAUAUAUAUAUAUAGGGUCUAAUAAGUAAUAAUGACGGCAUAGGUACUGGAUCCUAACAAACAAAUGUUUGUUGGAUGCGUAUUACUAGAAAUAGAUAAUUGUCAAGUAGUAAUAACGACAGUAUAUAGACAAGUAAAUUGCCAAAUUUAUGAGUCAAUCUGUGCCUUUAUCAAGACACAAGUAAUUACAAACGAUCACAUAUAGACAUAGAACAUGGAACAGUUAAAUAAAUCUAUAUAUAUGGCCAUUUAUAAGUUAUGAAAUAUAAUGCAUUUAAAAACAGUUUAUCCCAUAUUGAAUUUUCCCCGACUUAAAAUUAGAUAUAUACAUGUAACAGAUUUAUAUAGACACUGUACCUGUGUUGAAUUUUUCUCACAUUUGUAUAUGUUUACUAUUUGUCUCACUCCUCGUUAAAUUUAUCCUAACAUUUUGAGUUGGAUGAAAAUAAAGCAGGAAUAGACAAAUGACCUAUUUGAUGUGAUACAUGUCUUACCUGUAUCAUUUGUGUGAGAGCUUCGUUUUGUGUAUUACCAGUUCUAACCUAAUGACUACAAAACUUGCCAAAAGUCUCAAAGAACAAAUCUUUGAUAAAUAAUAAAUGAAUUUUUGAUAGUUGAAUUCAGUGAUUGUAUUGUAAUAUCAUGUUUUACGGCCAUCAACAAUUUGAGUCAAUUAGGGCCAAGUAAGUCAGUGAAUGGACUAGAACCAGCAAUAUGUAAAUCAGGUCGUUAUAAUGGGGUAUAAUACAUGUGCUAUGUAUUAAGAUCAUCUUCUGUAAUUUGUAUAUUUUCAGAAACCUAUGUUUUCUUGAUAAUUGCCUUUGUACAGAUUUUCUCUGUAUGAUAUAUUCAGUGCUAACUUCUUGUGUCAGGUGGAAUAGGCUGUGUGAAAUCUUAAUUAAUAUGCAAUAUAUAACUGUUUUAUUAUGAUAUCAUACACAUUGUUGAAAAUCUUGCCAGUCCUCAGUUAACCUGAACUUUGAUUAUUGAAGACAAUCAUUUGUACAGAAUAAUAUUGUUGUAUACACCCUGUAUAUAUCGAAGCAAUAACAGGUAUAUACCAUAUAUAUAAACAGUUUGUAUUAUUUUAUAAUUUUAUUAUUAUUAUUAUUUUCCUCAUUAACCUCAUUAAUAUAGGUACUUCACAACUGAUACAUUCCUGUACAUUGUACAUCCAUAUGCCCCUCUUUUUCAUUUUCACAUUAUGAAACUGGACAGAACCAUCACUGUAUAAAAAUGUCAAUUUCACCAAUUCAAUAUCAGGAUUUCUUAGUAUUAAAAUACAAAAUAUUGCAACCUUUUUUAGGUUGAAGAAUAAAAUCAGUUCAUCAACUACAUGUAAAAUGAUCAAAAUAUACAUGUACCAGUAUUAUAUAUGGUGAAUGUCAUUUAGUGCUUUCAAAAAGCUUAUUCUGUAUAAAUACUUGUUAGGGUGUCUUUCAGAGAGAGAAAAGUAAUAACAUUCAGAAUUACCAUACUUGUCCUGUAAUAACAUUCAGAAUUACCAUACUUGUCCUGUAAAAACAUUCAGAAUUACCAUACCUGUCCUGUAAAAACAUUCAGAAUUACCAUACUUGUCCUGUAAAAACAUUCAGAAUUACCAUACCUGUCCUGUAAAAAGGGGCCAAUACAGUAUGCCUUCCAAUUAAUAUGCGAGUCUUACAUAAAUAUAUACACGUAUACAUGUAUUACCAAGCGUGGGUUUAUUGCUAGAUAAAUAUGGUACUUUGUUUCAGUUUAUCAGGGUGUAGAAUCGUAUAUACAUACGAUGUAUAUUACUGUGUUAGGACCAUGUAUCAUUGUUACAAUAUGCAACCAACAUUCCUAAAAUAUUUUUGUUUCUGUAUAUCUUCAACUUUCUUGCAAUAUGAUCAAUCUUGUGUUAUCCAUAAUUACAUAAAGUAUAUGUGAAAUCUGGCAUCAUGAUGAUUGAUAAUUUUUCUACAUUCAAUUUUUCUACCUUCUGCAGAUUCAAACCUUGCUAAAGCAGUGCCUUACAGACAUAUAUGAAUUCACCUAAAUUCGAUCCAGAUUCAAAAUCUUCUGUUUAAAAAGAAACUUUUAUUUAACCUUCCUUUUGUUUAGUUUUUUGAUGUUUUUUUAACGUUUCUCGACGACCAAUGUCAAUCACGCGAUCUGUGACUAUCAUAACAGAUAUACUGUGUUUUUUCUUUGGUAGUGUUAUUAUUAUUACGAAUGAAUUCUGACUUUAUGUCAAAUACCUUUUAAACAAUAUUCUGUAAUUAUCCUAAUUUUAAAGUUGCUAAAAGCUUCAACCCAAUUAUACAUCGGAAAUUAAAUGUACCUGGUACAAAAAUGUUCUAUAACGAGCAAAUCAUGACAUUAUUUUAUCUUAUUAUACUGCAAUUUAUAUCUGAUCCGGAGUAGUCUCCCUUACCUUCCCUGUCGGUCGAAAGGCAGUAGAUUUGACGGAGGAGGGAGAGUAUUUUCAGGCAUUAUCAGAAUGACAUGUAAAACAGGGAGACAGGGCUGACAGUCAAGUGUUCAUACAAAACCCAACAUUACAUUUAGUAUAUUUAACACAUCUAUUAUAUUAAUUACGCUCAUGUAAUUUCUCGUUAACAAACCUGUACAGAGUCUAUAUCUAUCUUAUCUGUGAUAUUCUAUGUUAACUUUACAAACUCCUUGUAUAUACAUGUAAAGAUCUAACACCAGUUUUGAUAUUAUAUUUAAUACUUUUUUAAAUAAACAUUGUUGUCUUUUUGUUCAUAUUUACAUCCGUACUACCGUUAAUAAAUGCGGCUGAGACCAGUUUUUUCAUUAUCAUCUACCUGCAUAUUAAAGUUUCUGUAUUAUGAUUUUUCAAAGUGAAUUGAUAGAGAAAAACAUUUUUUCCUGAAUUACAUGUUUGGUUCUGACACAUGGUGGCCAGUAGAUCUUCAAUAUCAAAUGUAACGUUUUAUUAAUGCCUAAAUUUAAAAAAAAAAUCUGGUCAGUAUAUUACCAUGCAUAGUUUCUAUUAUUAA